AUAAUAGUUCAGUUCUCAAUUAUCACUUCAUGUGAAAAGUUCCAGAAAAUAUUUUGUGCUCCUGUGUGUUAUUUGAAUUACUUAAAAAAAAUGGCAAACGUGGAUUUGUUGAAUUUUUCCAAUCCAGUUUUUAGCUCGUACGCAUACUGGGGUGCAAUAUUGGUUUUAAAAUGUUUCUUCAUGAGUCCAUGGACUGCGUAUUUCCGAUUCAAAAACAAAACACCGGCUAGUCCAGAGGAUGCGGUGGCUAUGGGUGCUCGUGGUGAAAUUAAAAUAAAUACCAAUAAUCCAGAGGUUGAACGAGUUCGACGCGGACAUUUGAAUGAUUUGGAAAAUAUUUUGCCAUAUUUAUUCGUUGGUUUGUUUUACGUAUUGACAAGUCCAUCGGUGUUUUUGGCCACAACACUAUUUAAAGUCGCCGCUAUUGCUCGUAUCGUUCAUACCAUUGUAUAUACGGUCAUUGUGGUGCCACAACCAGCCCGCGGAAUUUCUUGGUUUAUUCACUACUUAAUUGGCAUCUAUAUGGCCAUUUCAGUUGUACUCUAUAGCAUGUAAAUUUUUGGGAAAAAAAAUUAAAUAUGGAGUAGGAUAUGAUAAAUAAAUAUAUAUUUUUUUAUUCCAAAUUUACUUGGUUAAAGAAAUUACUUAAUCAAUUUCAA